CUCAAAUACACAAACUUGCUAAACAUAGACCAACUGCAAGGCGGCUUUACAAAAGCUACAUAUCAAGGGAUGAAAUAAGUGAUGAUAGGAGUUUGGUGGAUUAGUUGAUAAAAAUACCCGGAUAUAUUCCCUUCUAACAAGGUUACUAAAAAAAUGAAAUAAUCUGUGUUCCAUCCCCACUGUUAAGUGAUCAAAUGUUUUUGGAAGUGAGCGCGCUGAAUUGGUUGUGAGUAAAUAGAAGUAAUGUGAGGCAGCGGGAGCAACCUGUUCGCUUGUAUCUAUCAGCUCUACUCCAUGCCCAUUCCUUUAGCGCUGCCUCCUAAGUACCGGCAGGUGGCGCCGCGGUGGCCAAAUGGAGAGCGGCCUGUGGGAAGCGGAAGCGGCGGUGUAGAAAGCAGCAGCGCUUCCUGCAGUGUGUGCGUGUGCACGGCGGCCUGACUUCCCUGGGGAGGGGAUAAGACAAGGACUGGCUCAGCGUGGAGAUGCGCCAUGAGCGCGGGGAGUUUCCGGUGGUGAUUAGGUUGCACAAAGGCAUAGGGAUUAAAAUGUGACUGCAUUUUCAGCCCAGAAUUUGGUUGUGUAUGGCCAGCUUCCUGUAAUCUUUGGCAACCAAACUGAGAGCAGAGUAAGCUUUUCAGGUUUCCCAAUGAGUGGAUCAUGCCAGUCAUACGUUUGGGGUGAUCCAUAGCAUGGCUUCUUCUCGAUCGACUCGUGUCACAAGAUCAACAGUGGGGUUUAACGGUCUUGAUGAAAACUUCUGUGGACGCACCUUGCGAAACCGAAGCAUUGCUCAUGGUGAAGAGGUUGUUCCUCAAUCAUUACUGAGAUCUAGGUCACCAAAGAAAAAGCCAGAAACUGCACAAAAGGGAAUUUGCCCAAAAAGUGGUGACUUAAAACCAACAGGACCUCGCGAGUCUUGGAUAAGCCCAAGGAAAAGAGUACUGUCUGUUUCAGAGAAGGACGUCACUGAUAAAGACAGUGUGGAAAACAGUGAAAUACAGUCACCUGGACCUUUAUCUCCUGUUUUGAAGAAAAUAAAAUGUUAUUUGCGGUCUGACGAACCUAGUAGCCCAGAAGAAAAAGUGUCCGCUACAGAAAGAAAGGACUCUUGUUCUGACGAUGAAACAGAUUCUACCAAUACUGAACAAUCUCAUCAAUGUAUUUUAUUGGAUGAUAGUGACAAAAGGGAAAUCAAAAAGGAAUCUGAACCAGAACAUCUUAAAAAAACAAUAAAUAUUGAGACUGCUAGCCAUAAAACUCUUAAUGGUGUUGAUGGAAAAAACACUGCUGCUUUCAAUUGUAAAGACUGCCAAUCUGAUGGCAGCACUAAACAAAAUUCUGUUGCUUUAUCUCCUCACAAGGAGAAAAUUGUUUCUGAAAAUGGGUUUUCAUUGAAUCCAUGUUCAGUGUUGACUUAUAAUAAAAAGGACACACUUUUAGACCGCAAUGUGCCUUGUACAAACUCAGUGGAGCAAGCUGAAAAACUAAAGCAUAACUUGGUUGCUAACUGUCUGCCAACAGAUAAUGUAAAUCAGGCAAAUAAACCAACAUCAUUCUGUUCAGAAAUACUGUCUUCUGAAAGGGACUCUGAUGAGAUAUCUGGUGCAGAGGAUAGUGCCUCAGAAGUUAAUAUUGAAAAUACGGACAGUGUCAUAAAUGCUGCUCAUGACAACUGUAUAUCGGGUGAUCCUGAAUCUGAACUAUCUUUUACAGAGCUUGACAAUGUUGAUACUAAUGUGGCAACCUUUUCCGACACCCAAGAACACAGGUAUACUUUAAGAACUUCCCCGCGAAGGCCUUUAUUGGUUAAAGAUAGCCCAUACAAAAGCGAAUUUCCUUGUGGAGAAAAUGGACCUAUUGACGAGAGUAAAAUACGUGUUAGUAAUAAUAGUAAGACAAACAAUACUGUUAAUGGCUCAUUAGUAAACACUGAUGUUGCUCACAGUGACAAAAAGCAGGACUGUGGUGCUGUCCGCUGUUCAGCAAAUAAACAGAUAAUUCCAAACUCUGAAACAGUGAAAGCUUCCCCACAUAUACAACCAUGUAAAGAGAGGGGAGGACAGCAAACCACUGAAGAAGAUGAGGAAGAUCCCGACGUGUAUUACUUUGAGUCUGAUCACCUGGCACUGAAACACAACACAGAUUAUCAAAGACUAUUACAGACUAUCUCUGUGCUAGAGGCUCAGCGCACUCAAGCUGUUCAAGACAUGGAAAGGUUAGGCCAAAACCAAAGGCAAGCACUGACUAAUCCCAUUGGAUUUGUGGAAAAUCUUCAGAAGAAGGUAGCAGAAGCCAGUGCAGAGACUGGCAGAGAAGGAGCAGAUUCUGAGAUAUAUGAUCCUGGCAGCAGCAUUUUUAUGGACAGGAGAGAGGUGAAUAUUGGAAUACCAUGUCCUCAGAGGAUUGUCCAGUUACCAGACGUUUCUUGGGAACUUUAUACGACAGGACUUGGAAACUUUGAAAGAGAACUAAGAAAACGAAAGCAUAAUUCUCGAAGAGUAAAAUUAAUUUUUGAUAAAGUUGGAAUAGCAGCUAAUGCUCAAGGGAAUACAGAGAACAGUAAAGAUCGAGAUGCUGCCUCAUACUCUGUUUUACCCCAGAGUGAUAACCAACAAGGCUCUACAAGUGCUCAUUCACAGAUAGGAGGUAGACUUUGUACAGAGACCAAGCCUGGGACCUUUAAUCAGUUGUGGAGUGUAGAAGAACAGAAAAAACUGGAGAGAUUACUUCUGAAAUACCCCCCGGAGGAAGUGGAAGCUAAGCGAUGGCAGAAAGUUGCUGAUGAAUUGGGAAAUAGGACUGCAAAACAGGUGGCUAGUCGAGUGCAGAAAUACUUUAUAAAAUUGACAAAAGCUGGCUUACCAGUGCCUGGAAGAACACCUAAUUUAUACAUGUGUGCUAAAAAGUCUUCAGGCAAACGACAGCACGCCCUUAACAAAUAUCUCUUCAGACCAUCCACCUUCAUGACGUCCCAUGAACCCCCUGUGUACAUGGAUGAAGAAGAUGACCGUUAUAGCAGAGACCUAGAUGCAGCUGGCGAUGAAGGAUUAUCGGAUGAUGAAGAUAUUCAUGUUGACUGCCAUGGCCUAGCAGAAUAUAAAGAGCUCCUUGAGUUAAAGAAAUUGAAAAAACAAAAACUACAUCAGAUGCAGGCUCAGAGUGGCUUUGUGCAACACGUAGGCUUCAAAUGUGAUAACUGCAGAACAGAACCCAUUCAGGGUAUCCGGUGGCACUGUCAGGAUUGUCCACCUCAAAUGUCAGUGGAUUUUUGUGAUUCAUGCUCUGAUUGCUUAUAUGAAACAGAGACCCACAAAGAGGACCACCACUUGGAGCCUUUUUAUAAAGCAGAGACAUUCCUAGACAGAGACUACUGCAUGCCCCACAACACCAAUUACAAUUAUCUUGAUCCAAACUACUUUCCAGCCAAUAGAUGACGUGACUUGGACAAACCAUAUAGAAUGGGCUUGGCAUCUUGUCCAGGAAACAUGGGGUGGCAGAAUUAUCCGUUCAGUUUUCAGAGUGUGAAGAUACACAACUUUCUGCUCACAGCAAUGAGACCUUCUCAGAAGGAGCCAUCAUUUUGCAGCCCUGUUCCAGGUCCCUGCACAGCAGCCGAACAUUCCAUGUGCGCAGGAGGAUGAUUUCACUUGGAGCUUUAUCUUUUCACCAUGUUAUUUCAGAUGGUCAGUAUCAGGGAACACAUGAGAAAAAGAUAUCUGAGUACGCCGUUACAGAUAACUCUCUUUCCAAAGGCUACAGUAAAGAAAUAUCAAAAAAUGUGAACUAUUUAUAUUAAUACCAGUUUACUAGCUUGCAGUUUUGCUGUGAAAAAUAUUAAUUUGCACACAAACUGACAUUUUGAGGAGGCUUUAACCAAUCACAGUGUUUCCGCUUGGAGGAUUUACUGUUUAAACCCACUUUUGGACUAAUGCAGGUCUUGGCUGAAUAUAUGAGCUGCUUUUAAUCACAGAUUAUUUAACUACAACGAAGCACUACAGCGUGGGGGCCUAUUGCUGCUUCUUUAACCAGCUUGUGGUGUGUGUGUGAAUGUCAAAAAUUUUCACUCAAAUAUAUUUUUUAAAUGUAAUGUUCAGAUGAUCAUGUGAUGUGUACAAACUAUGGUGAAAAAGUGCCAGUUGUAGUAACUGUGUGAAGUCUAACACUUAACCUUCCUUAGUCGUCAUUUCUGAAAUUAAAUACACAGCCUUCUGCCUCUAAAUCUCUGCGAUUGUCACCGCAGCUCAUUCAAGAAAACGAAUAGGAGUCAUAUAUAUGUCUUGUAGUUUUCCUCUUUUGUAGUCCGCACAAAAUCCAUGAGAGAUUGUAUUUUUAUUAAUAUUUAAGCACGUGAUCACAUAGAAUCCAAGUAAUGAACUGGAUCGGUUCACAUGCUGUCUUUUAUACUGCUGGGUUUUUCGUGUCCAUCCUUCCAAGUCCACUACAUUCUGGUGGGCUUGCAGUUUUGCUGGGAGACUUCUGGCAAUCAUACUGGUUAAGGUUGUUGCCUGGGGCUAAUAGCAGACAACUGCUAAGCCCUCUGAAAGAUCAAGGUUUAAUGUUUGUUCCCCCCCCCCCCGUUUUGUUUUUUGUUUUUUUCACCCCUCCUUUUUUUUUUUUUUUAUGUACAAAGUAUGUUCAUAAUAAUGAAUUGUCCGGAGCACUGCGAGAAAUAAACUGUAUGAAUACCAUCUGUUGAUACAUCAAAGCUCCAUAGUCAUUCUUGGUGUCUCUAAGUUUUGAAUAUGACACGGCAGGUACAAGUAAAACUCACUAAGGUUUCAAUCUGCCACAAAGCAGCCAUUGGGAUUCCCAAUAAUAUGCAAUAAAUGACCGUUCAUACCAAA